AUGGGCAACUGCGUAUCAGCACAGGACAGAGAAGAGAAGGCCAGGUCAGAUGCUAUCGACCGUCAGAUAGACGAGGACUCUAGGAAGUUUAGGAAGGAGUGUAAGAUACUUCUUCUCGGGUCCGGCGAAUCCGGAAAGUCAACAAUAGUGAAGCAAAUGAAAAUCAUUCACCAGAAUGGCUUCACCCCAGACGAACUCAUGGUGUUCCGUCCGACAAUAUACCGGAACACUCUCGACUCCGCGCAAGCCAUUGUCCUGCAGAUGCGUAACAUGAACGUGGAAUGUGUAUUGCCCGCGAAUCGGACAUUUGCCGAACGCAUCGUCGAAUACAGGGUUGAAAACACGCCUGAAUUUGUUUUCUCCGCUGACAUUGCACAAGCCAUCCAUGAACUAUGGCAAGAUCCUAUCAUUUCCAAAGUGAUGGACUGUUCGAGCCAGUUUUAUCUUAUGGACUCGGCUAGCUAUUUCUUUACGGAAGUGCUUCGUAUAGGCACGCCCGACUAUACACCAACAGAAAAUGAUGUACUACGAGCUCGAGCAAAGACAACCGGCAUCACAGAAACGCGGUUUAACAUGGGACAGCUCUCCAUCCACAUGUUCGAUGUCGGCGGCCAGCGCUCGGAACGGAAGAAAUGGAUACAUUGCUUUGAAUCCGUAACAAGCAUCAUUUUCUGCACAGCAUUAUCGGAAUACGAUCAAGUACUAUUAGAAGAGAAGAACCAGAAUCGCAUGCAAGAAUCACUUAUCCUAUUCGAGUCGGUUAUCAACUCCCGGUGGUUUCUGCGAACUUCUAUCAUAUUAUUUUUGAACAAGAUAGACGUUUUCAAGAACAAGCUACCAAAGGUACCAAUCGAGAAGUACUUCCCAGAAUAUACAGGUGGCGCAGACAUCAACAAAGCGGCAAAGUAUAUUCUAUGGAAGUUCAUGCAAGCUAACCGGGCGCGCCUAAGUGUUUACCCUCACUUAACACAAGCCACCGAUACGACGAAUAUCAGACUCGUCUUCGCUGCGGUCAAGGAGACAAUCCUACAGAACGCUCUCAAAGACUCAGGGAUUCUGUGA